UGUAAUAAAAAAGACGCUGUCGUCGUUGAAUUUCCGAACUGGUUAUGUAACGGUGGUGAAAAAGUAUAGACGGGUGUGCUUAAGAGGAAAAACGGUGAUAAUUGCUGCAGGGAAUACAGCGAUCAAUUUAUUGAACGCAACCGAUCAUCUAAAAUACGUGUGUCGAGCGUCGACGGAACCAACAGCACAUUGUUCCAGUCGCGCGAGACCAGUGUUGGAAGUUUUGAUCGGCACGGCAUUUGGUUCUCAACGGCAUCGAUGGUGCGGAGUUCGACGAUGGAGCAGACGUUCUACGAGGACGCGAGCGUCUACGGCGCCGUGAAUCGCGAGCACAAUGUGGGCCAGUUAAAACGCAAUCUCACGCUAGACUUGAACGGAUGUCAGAGACAGGGGCCGCAAGCAAAGAGGCCACGAUUGGGACCUUUGCCACCAGCACUGAACACUGUCACGCCUAUUUUGAGCUCGCCGGAUCUGAAUAUGUUGAAGCUGGGUUCGCCGGAACUGGAGAAGUUCAUCAUCGCUCAACAGGACAGCCUAGUGACGAAUUUACCAACGCCUACGCAGAUUUUGUUCCCGAAAACGGUAACCGAGGCGCAGGAACUCUACGCCCGUGGGUUCGUCGAUGCUCUGAACGAGCUUCACCAUUCGGACAGCUCGCAGGAACCCGGUAGCAUUCAUGGGGCGACGUAUACCACGUUGGAACCACCGAGCAGCGUUCAAAGUACCGAAUCGUCGGUUAGCCAGGGUUUGGUACAGAUCAAGGAUGAGCCGCAGACGGUGCCCAGCGUGUCGAGUUCACCGCCAAUGUCACCGAUCGACAUGGAAAACCAGGAGAGGAUCAAGCUCGAGAGGAAGCGUCAGAGGAACCGCGUGGCGGCGUCGAAAUGCCGCAGGCGCAAACUGGAGCGCAUCUCUAGGCUGGAGGACAAGGUUAAGUUGCUCAAGGGUGAAAACACCGAGCUCAGCGCCGUGGUGCACAGGCUGAAGGAGCACGUGUGCCGGCUAAAGGAGCAGGUGAUGGACCACGUGCAUUCGGGCUGCCAGAUCAUGGGCGUGUCCGGCCAAUUUUGA